AUGAAUAUACUAGUUGCACCAAGUGGUUUCAAGGAAAGUCUUGAGCCUGGAGCUGCUGCAGAUUGCAUCGAAACUGGUAUUUUGCGUGUCGUCCCAGACGCAAUCAUUCGAAAGGUGCCAUUAUUUGAUGGCGGUGAAGGAUUUGCUCGCGGUCUUGUCAGAGCAACCGGAGGAGAGCAUAAACGAUUGACAGUCACCGGCCCUGUCAGGGAUCCCGUUAGCGCUUCAUAUGGGUUUCUUGGCGGUAUAGGGCCGCGCACAGCUGUCAUAGAGAUUGCCGAAGCUGCAGGGCUGCGUCUGGUCCCAAAAGGAAGACGAGAUCCAACUAAAACAACAUCUUAUGGGGUUGGAGAAUUGAUAGCAGCUUCUCUGGACGAAGGCGCGGAGCGAGUACUAAUUGGCUGCGGAGACUCCGGAACAAGCGAUGGAGGGGUCGGGAUGUGUCAAGCUCUGGGGGCACGAUUCUUAAACAGAGACGGAUCCGAGUUGGGUCGAGCAAACGGCGGAGAAAGUCUUAAGAAUCUGGCAAGCAUUGACCUUUCUGGAAUCCACCCUCGAAUAAAGGAAGUUCAAAUCAACGUGCUUUGCAACUGGAAGAACAUUCUAUGUGGGCCUAAAGGAGUUGCGCGGGUAUAUGGGCCGCAAAAAGGGGCCACAGCGGCUCAAGUUGAUCAGCUUGAUACGGCAUUGGGGACAUAUGCCGCAGUUGUACAGGCCACAAUUGGAGUAAGUGUCGCGAUGAUGCCUGGCGGUGGAGCAUCUGGGGGUUUAGGAACGGGAUUUGUGCUUAUGGGAGGCACACUGCGCCCAAGAUUCGAAGCAAUUAUGGAAUACUUCGGGAUCGAGGAGCUGUUCGGCGAAUGCGACCUUGUGAUCACAGCUGAAGGUGGCAUAGACUAUCAAACUCCUCAAGGGAAAAUUCCUGGCGAAAUCGCGCUGCGGGCGAAAAAACGUGGGAUUCCUGUAAUCGCGAUUGCGGGAACGAUCGGCACAAACGCGACAGUCAACUAUAGCGCUGGAAUAGAUGCGUUUACGAGCAUGGUCCGAGGCCCCACAACACUUGAAGACGCGGUCGCUAACGCUCCGGUGCUCUUAAGCGAAAGCGCUGAGUCUGCUAUGCGAAUGGUUAUGAUUGGGCGUCAUCUUGGUAUGAGAACCGACGAUACUGUGCACAGCGGUUGGCUCGGCGGUGCGGAAAGGAGGAAAUCUUUAGGUAUAGGCGGAUUCAAGAUGCAGAUGCCGAGGCCUAUUUUUAAACUGCUUUUUGUUCUCGCCACGUUUUACGUACUCAUCUCAAGGCCCUGGAUUGCUGCAAAUCAUUACUGA